AUGAGUUCUGAGGUAGUUAUGUCAGAUGAUAUUGAUAUUGAGGAACAUGAUAUACUGGAUAAUCCAGUUAUUAAAAACAUGUUUCCUGAUCUGUCGGUACUCAAAAAAGAAAUUUUGGAUAAUGAUGAUGGAACUGGAUCAGAAACUACAAUAUUGGCUCAAGAACCAAAUGCUAGUAUUAAUUCAGAUGUUGGAGAAGCAGGAAUAUUAACAAGAAACCCAUCAAGUAAUAGUAAAGUUAAUACGAAACUUAAUUCUGAAGAUACUUCUAACUUUAAAUUAUUUAAUCAAGAACAUAAAAAUCAACUCAGUAACAUUUACUGUAAUAGACUAUCUAUAAUCCAGACUACUAGGAAACAAAACAAACUAGAAAGAAAUCUUAAAACUAGGCUACCUGCCAAAGGGCCCAAUGAACAUAUAAGUAGUACUCACUUAAAAAUAAAUCUGUUUAAAAAUAGUUCUCAUAAACAAUCACACAGUAAACAUAUACUUAAAAAUGUAAUUUGCCCAAAAGAAGGAAUGCCAAUAGAAAACUAUAUAUGUUCUAAAUCGUAUCCACAGGUACACCCUAAUAAAAUUAUUUUAGGAUCUAAAAUUAGUUUGAGCUGUAAACAAAAUAAUGUCUUAGAAAAAAAUGUUAUAUUAAAUAAUGUACAAGUGUCAUUAAUCGAUUGUGCACCUUUAUUAUUCAGUAGUGACAGAUAUUGUCCAGAUUGUCGUAUAUUAUUUAACACAUAUAUUGGACUAGAGUUCCAUAAAAAAAAUGCCCAUCACAAUUAUAUAGACACUCGGAACGAAAAUAAGAAAAUGGUAACUGAAAUCAUUAGAGACCAUAAGUGUUUAAUUUGUAAUAUUUCAUUUACUACUAAACAUACUUUGAACAAACACAAAAUAGAAAAGCAUAGUUUAAGAAAUAGUCUUACUUUAUCAAACAUUAAUUCUAGUACACUUUCAUCUGAUUCAAAUUACGGAUGUUUUCAUUGCAGCAAGCAUUUCCUUGACCAAAAGUCUCUUAUUGAACACCUUUAUAAUGUUCUUCAGAUGAAGUGUCCUAGUUCAUCUAACUCAUCUUUAUUGUUUAAUAAAGUAAAACAGAAAAAAAGAAAUAAUGACAUCAAAUUGUUAGAAAGACAUACACAUAACAUUGAAAAAGAGGAAUAUUCUAUAAUUAAUUUUAAGGACAAUUCAGGACAACACAAAUAUAUGUCUAAGUCAUUAAGUAGUGUUAAAAAGAAAGAUGCCGCGGCAAAAGUAAAUGUAAGUAGUACAAAAGGAAAACCGACAAAUCUGCUAGAUUUAGAACAUAAAGAAGUAACAAAGAAUAGUGGUAACAUUAAAGAACAGAAGACCCUAUCAACAGAUGUCUGUAAUUUAAAGAAACGUAAAAUUUCUUCUAUGAAGGAAAAAUGUGAUACAGUGAUUACUAGAAGUGUUAAACAAAAAACAACAUUGGCGCAUAAUAAUGCUGUUAUAUGUAAUAAAAAUAGUAUAAAAUUAUUCUAUGAAUGCAUGUAUUGCUCUUAUUAUUUUAAUAAAUUAAAGUAUUUCAAACUACAUUUAAAGAAUAAGCAUAAGGUUAAAAAUUUGCCGAAAAUACAAAAAGUAACAUAUAAACCAAAAUGUAAAUACUGCCUUAAAAUAUCUGACGAAAUGAUUGUGCAUAAUGUUCACCUGCAAAAACAUCACAAGGAUAAAAUACAAACAGUUAUCAAAGAUAGCAUUGACUUGGAAAUUGAUAAGAAAUCUCAGCAAAAUUCCGUGGAUACAUCUGAUUGUAAUAUACGAAAACCACACAAAAGUUCCAUGUUAGAACAAGUAAUUGAAGAAACGUCUACUAAAGAUAGUGAUUACUCAUCAAAAAUAAAACCACUGAUUUUAAAAUCUGUGUUGUAUAAGUGUAGCAAAUGUGAAGUACAUUUUUUAUCGUUACAAUUAGCAUUAAAUCAUUCAGAGCAUAUAGAAAUUUUAAUCAAUUGGAAAUGUGAUAUUUGUAUGAAAAUAUUAAAAAAAAAUGAUGAGGCUCUCCAUAUACAACAACACCUGCAUUCGGGUGCCUUUACUGUAUAUAAUACAGAUGAAUUAGAUAUUUCCCUAAUUUUAUAUAAAUGUUCCAAGUGCACUAUACAUUAUGAUGAAACAAAUUAUCGACGCCAUUAUUCGAAUUGCGAAUUAAUGACACCUAAUGGUAGUUAUUGUAUUGCUUGCGAUAUUUUAGUGGAUAAUAAUAUAAUUAAAUUUCAUGAAAUUGACCACAAUCAGAAAAAUAUUAAACUCACAAAUUUCACGAUUAUUGAAUGUGAUCUGUUAAAUGAAGAAAUUGAUAAUGUUUACAAUACAUAUGAAUCUAAUAAGAAGGUAAACAGUAAACCUUCGAAGAAUUCACGAAAGUAUAAAAUCAGACAUUUAACAGAUAAAAUGUUACUUGAGAAAUAUUUUUGCAGAACUUGUAAAUGCUUUGUUAAUAAUAUUGGAUCUUUGAGUAAAGUACAUAUUCAAUCGCGUUGUCAACAUCUCACAAAACACAUAUGUAUCUAUUGUGGACUUCUUUUAACUAGUUCAACUAUAGCUACACAUAGAGGAUUCCAUAAACGAAACCCAAAAAUAAGUUUGCAGGAUUUCAGUUUUUAUGAGUUUAAAUCUAGAAAAAAAAUUAAACCUCCAGUACCAGAAUACCCUAAAUGUGAAAUAUGUAAUAUAUAUUUUAUGUCUAAGGUAGCCAUAAAGAAUCAUCUGUGUAGUGAAAAUGCUUUUUCAAUGUGUAAGGUUUGCUUUAAAAAAUUAUCUAAACCAAUUUAUAAAUUGCAUAUGGCUUUUCAUAAUUAUUCUUUAAAUACUAAAUCUAAACUUUUAAGUCAUAAUACAAUCUCUACCAUAUUACCAAUUUCAGAAACGAUUGGUUCGGAUACAACUUCACAUUUUUCAGUAGAUUUAUAUCAACCUCCUAAGAUUGGCAGGUUGACUGUAUUCUAUCGUUGUAGGAAUUGUUCUACGACCCUUAUCACGUAUGAUGAGGUGAUAGAUCAUUGUCAUCUACAUUACAGUAAUCAAGAACACAAGAUCAAAGCAGUGACAUGCGAUGAUUGCAAAUUAGACUUUGAUAUAGGUUGCUACGAAAGGCAUAAAAUAUUGCACAUGCAAAGAAAUAUGUUAUAUAAGACCCCACUUGAAUUUGAUGCUUUUUAUUUCAAAUUUGAUAAUGAUAUUUGGACAAAACAUGUAUUCAGUCCACUUCCACAAAAUCAAAUAAAUGAAAUUCUUAAACAGUCUAUAUACCGGUUCGAGCAUAGGCUUAUAAUGAAUAUUGUUCAACAUGGUUCUUCAGAUAUAACAUUGUAUAAAUGUAAUAGUUGUUGUUGUAUUAUAGAACCAGAAUUAAUCUACAAACAUAUUGAGAUUGAUUGUUCAGAUGUACGAAGGUUUAUAUGUAUAUUUUGUGGGUUGAAUUUUCUUUCUCUUGUCUUUAAAAGAAAUCAUGAAAAAAUUCAUAACCGUCAAGAAAUGAACUCAAAGACCUUUAGAGUAGUAUUGUUUAAUCAAAAUGAACACAAAAGUUACAAUUCUACAUUUGCGGUUUCUCUGAACUAUUAUAUUUUGUAUCAGUGCAGGAUUUGCAAAAUCACAAUACAAAAAUUUCAAAGGAAUACUCAUAAAUGCAGUGAAAAUGCAACAAUAAAUUGUACUGAAUGUAAAUUAUUGUUUGAUAAAAAUGAAUACGAGUUACAUGUAUCUAAACAUAAAGAGUUUGAUAAUUUCAAUACCGAAAACAUUAAAGUUAUACUUUUCGGAACGUCAUCCACAAACAAUAUUAAAAACGCUGAUAAAAAAUUACUAUCCUUUUGUGGUACUGUUUACGAUUACACUUUUUAUAGAUGUACAAACUGUAAUAUUUGUGUGAGAAAUGUGAAGUCUACUUUUCUUCAUAUUUGUUCACCUAGUAAUUAUAAGAUUAAUUGCCCAAAAUGUGGAUUACACUUUCAUUGUAAUUCGUACAAGAUACAUCAUCAAUCUCAUAUUGUGGAUCCAGAUUUUGAAAUAGAAAAUAUUAAUAUUAUUUCAUUUGAUGCAAAAAAUUCUGUUUCAAUAAGCCAAAAAGACGGAAUGGGUAAUUCGGAUAUACAUUUAACAAUAACUGGGACUGAAGAGGCACGAGACACUACAAUAAAUAUUGAAAGCUCGAGUCAAACAUUGAGUAAAAUAAAGGAAAGUAGUAUUAUUGAAGCAAGAAAUAUUGAUGUAGAAAGUUCGUUAGUGACAAUUUUUAAAUGUACUGAUUGUGACCUUAAUUUUCUAGAUGAAGCUAGUAUCAAAAUACAUUUCACUCAUUGUGGACCUAAAAUCAAACUACCAAAACAAACUUGUACGAAAUGUGAUUUACUGUUCACUCCAAAUACACUUUUUACUCAUUUGUUAAUUCAUCAUGGACAUAAAAAUGAAUUUAAAUAUGAAAUAGUAGAACUAACUAAAACGCUGAAAUGUUCAAAAUAAUUUUUUUUUUGUUUAAUUGACGGCUUUACUAGGUAAAAAUAGGUAUCAGAUUAAAAUGGUCAGUGAAGUUAUUGUUAACUGCACUAAUGUGUGUUAGCUACUUGCGCUUAUGUAUGAUAAAUAAACAUAUCGAGAGAACUUAUAUGUACGUUAUGGAUAAAAAUUCAGUUGCGAAACCUACAACUCGUUUAGCAAUUGUAAAUGAUUUAUAUAUAAUCGCAAAACUUAUAACAUAUUUUAAUGUA